CUUGCCUACUGGGCUUUGGUGCGGGAAAGAGCUUACUGGUGGACUGGUCCAGGGAUGAUGCUGCGCUCUGAGUUGUUAUGUGAGCUCUGAGAGGGAUUCGGCAGCUGAACACCGUGCUUGUGGUGCAGGAAGACGGACGGGAAUUGGUGAAGAAGAAGGAGGAACACUUGACUGAAGACUAGCAACAAAUAGGUCCAGAAGCCGGCAGCUGGAGGGACAGUUGCACACCAAUGCAUUCCAACAGCAGCAGGUGAAGAACAGCACCAUGGACUCUCCAACCGCCGAGGGCUACCCGACGGACCAAGGGCCUCCUUUUCCAGCCAUGUCGCGGUUGCUGCUCUUCGUCUGCAUAUGCAUUUGUCUUCCACGCGAGUCGCUACAGGGCCCCCACGAGAAGCGCUUGCUACACACACUUCUGGACCACUACAACGUCCUGGAGAGACCUGUGGCUAACGAGUCCGACCCUCUCCAACUCAGCUUCGGUCUCACGCUUAUGCAGAUCAUCGAUGUGGAUGAGAAGAAUCAGCUUCUAAUAACAAACAUAUGGUUAAAACUGGAAUGGAACGACGUCAACUUACGGUGGAAUUCAUCGGAGUAUGGCGGAGUGAAAGAUCUUAGAAUACCUCCACAUAGGAUAUGGAAGCCAGACGUACUCAUGUAUAACAGUGCCGAUGAAGGUUUCGACGGGACGUAUCCGACAAACGUUGUGGUCAGAAAUAACGGUAGCUGCUUGUACGUUCCACCGGGCAUCUUCAAGAGCACAUGCAAGAUAGACAUUACGUGGUUCCCCUUUGAUGAUCAGCGCUGUGAGAUGAAGUUCGGUAGCUGGACCUAUGAUGGCUUUCAGUUGGAUCUGCAGUUGCAGGAUGACAGCGGUGGAGACAUCAGCAGCUUCAUUACAAAUGGUGAAUGGGAUCUCUUAGGUGUUCCCGGGAAAAGGAAUGAAAUUUAUUACAACUGCUGCCCCGAACCCUAUAUAGACAUAACUUUUAUCAUUAUCAUACGGCGCCGGACUCUGUACUACUUUUUCAACCUUAUAGUUCCAUGUGUUCUCAUCGCCUCCAUGGCUGUUCUGGGGUUUACACUGCCGCCGGACUCAGGCGAAAAGCUAUCUUUAGGUGUUACAAUCCUUCUCUCUCUGACUGUAUUCCUAAACAUGGUCGCGGAGACGAUGCCCGCCACAUCCGAUGCUGUCCCCUUAUUAGGUACUUAUUUCAACUGUAUUAUGUUCAUGGUCGCUUCUUCAGUAGUUUCAACUAUCUUGAUACUCAACUAUCAUCAUAGAAAUGCAGACACACAUGAAAUGUCUCCUUGGAUCAAAACGAUAUUCUUACACUGGCUGCCUUGCAUAUUGAGAAUGAGUCGUCCCGGGAGCGAGCCGGACUCGUCGCGGAAGUCUCUGCAGAUGCGCGAGCUGGAAUUGAAGGAGCGAUCCUCCAAGAGCCUCCUCGCGAACGUGUUGGAUAUCGACGAUGAUUUCAGACAUCACCCGGGCACGCUCCAGACAUCGGGCGCGGUUUCUACAACAGGAUUCCUCCGGGGUGCUCACACACACCACGAAGAUGGAGGAGGAGGUGGAGGGACACUGCUUCACGGGAGCGGUGGGAGUUCAUCGUGUCUCGGCCCUCACCGGGAACUCACACUCAUCCUGAAGGAGCUCCGCGUGAUAACGGACAAGUUGAGGAAAGAGGACGAGGCGGCGGAAGUGACGAACGACUGGAAGUUCGCCGCAAUGGUAGUUGACAGACUGUGCCUCAUCGUCUUUACUCUGUUCACAGUUAUUGCAACUAUAGCAGUGCUCUUCUCGGCUCCGCACAUUAUCGUCACAUAAUCGGCGUUUGUUACAUUUUACUCUUUAUUGUAUAGUCUUGGUAAUAGUGCAUCCCUGACAGAGAGCAUCACACAAAAUCACGUAGAAUGACGUGAUGCCACAGACCAGACAGACUGGACCGACGAAACAGAUGACGGCGACAUAACGCUGACCAGUAGGGAGAUAGCAAGAGAUUUUAGAAAUACAUAGUUACAAGUUGAAACUAGAGGAGAGCGUAAUUUAAUACACAGAUGACUAUCAAAUUAGUUGGUAUAUGAGCUUGCGCAAUACAAUGAUUGGUUGUAUUGUGAACGGAGGUGACUUAAUUUACGAAUCGCAGUACAACGAUUGGUUGUAUUGCUGGCUACAAAAAAGCAAACAAUCCAAUGACUUAUUCAUAGUUAUUAUAUUAAUAAAUUAUUAUAGUGUCACCACUUCAAAAAAAGUGUGUGGUUUCCACGAUCCACAAUACGAUAAAUUAAAGUUGUAUUGUUGGAAUUUCUCGAGAACACACAAUACAAUAACUAGGUAUUGUUGAGCUUUGAGAAUUUUGGUUGUGAAUAAAUGGUUGAUUGUUGUUUUACAUUUAAUGAACGGGUUAUUCAAAUGACUCUUCCGCGCAUUUAUAUUGCUAAUAAUAUGUACGGACAAUGUUAACUGAAUCUUUUUUGUGAGGCUAUUCAAUCUAGUCGUCGUUUUGAUGACCUUUUUAAUAGGUACGUUUUUUAUUGAAACAAUGAACUAGAACUGGUAUUUAAUAUAAAUACCAGAACAAGUUAGUAGGACGAUUCAUAGCCGAUGUUUAUAUUGUAACUGAACAUCAGAGUCUGUAGUUACGUUGUAGCGACCUGCAUUAUAACGUUGUUCACAUUUUUGUAAUGAAUGAAACUGAAACAUAACCACACAUACCCCGAAGCUAAAAGUCAAACAAAGUGGUUAAUAAUUUAAAUAACUACAAAUAUGAGCAUAUGCUAAAUAAAGAAGCUUCCAGAUAUGUGUAUGACUCAUAUGUAUUAACAGCCGUUAAAAUGAAUUACAUAUUCUGUAAAAGCAAAUGAUUUAACCUGUCAUAUUUUUAUUGUGCCUACCCUCUUCAAAGGUCACACACAGUGCGACAGUGUUCUGCAAUUUGUGUUAUCAUGACAAAGUCAUCUUGUCAUCAAGUAUUCCACGUUUCAUCAAAUGUUGGAGUAAAUUCUAUCUUACAAAUUUUCUGAUAUCAGAUUGGCUGUAUCGUAUUUUACAUAUUAUAGUUCACAUAUGCUUUGCAUCUACUCAGAAACAAUGCAGUGUAGCAUUGACUACCACACAGUAAUUCUUUUCCGUGAAAUAUGAAUACUAUACUGAAAGAUGCAAUCUGGAGUAACUCUUACAUCAGGUUCUAAGUGAAUCCUUGAUCUUUAUUGAAUAUGACAUAAUUACUGAACUGUACAGAAAAGUGCAUUGCCCUGUGUGACCCAUAGACUUGUUUCAUACCCUGUAUGGGGGUGUGGAAAUUGCACCGAGCAAAAGGAUGGAUGUGAACUCCUGUUUAGAUUAAAAAAGUUGAUGCUGUGUCAUCACACACUACAAAAUGUUUACCAUUUGUUUCUACAUAAAUAAGAUUUAAAAAAAAAAUUAUGUGCCAAAUAUGAAAUGAAAAUGAAUAUCUCAUUUCAGAUUAUUCAUGUUCAAUAUGUGAUAUUUUCAAAAACACUAAAAACAUAUUUCUUUGAAGCAAAGUACAUUUAAUCACUAAAUAUCAUAUUUAAUGAAAAAUGUGUAAAAGACACACAAGAAAAAAGCCAAUUAAAACAAUUUUCCAUCUAUCAGGGGUGGUGUUAUAGGUGAUUAGUAGAAAAGUAAACUCUAUUCCUUGUAAAUCUGAUACUUGGAAAUUUGCAUCUGAAAUAAUGACUUGAAGCUAUCAUUAAAGAAAUCUUUAUAUAGUGGGGUGACCAAGAUGUGUCAUGCAGGCUUGGUGCUGCGCAAAUAAAUUCAUAAAGAGCAUGAUCUUCUCUGAGAUAUCAUGGUUGUAGUGAUGACACAGGUGCAUAUGCCUCUGGGAGAGCAUUUUCUUAGUGUUAUCACAGACAUGCAUUCUCCUAGAAGAGCAUUAUAACAACAAAGACACAGAUAUAUAUUUCCUGAGAGAAAAUUUUCAUAAUGAGGGCAGAGAUGUCUAUCCACAGGCUGAAAAUUUUUGUUACAUGUUUCAUUACUAAAUAACAUUUCAUUGAAAGAGUGAUGUAUUCUGGCUUGUAAUGCCUUGUAGUUCAGUAGAAGUCCACUGACAUUUUGAACCUGAAGAUAGAGGCAAUGCUGUCCUCCGAAAAGUCAGUGGAUUUAUACCGAAUUGUAUGGUGUUACAUCCUGUAAGAUGUACUCACCACUGUAAAAACCUCAAAUGGAACAUUUAUUUUAGUUUUACAUUGAUAUUAUUGUGAAAAUUUUUUAUGAAAGUCCCUUAAGUCAUUACAUUUUUACCAUACAUUCAGCCUCUCAUGGCUCCAUAUACUUCUCAGAUUGGACCUGUGUUAACAGAACUUUCUUAUUCAUGAUCACUUGAUUCAUGUAGGGAUGAAGUGUGGCAUACUGAUCUUGAAUCAUUCUGUACAUAACAAACAUAAUUAGUUUAUAAUUAUACAUGCUGCCUCCAGAAUAUUCAUUUUGUCAGUUCCUUUAUAAUUCUGUACUCUUCUGUUAUUUAUGUAUUUGAUCAUAUAAUCCAGACUUCAAAAUGUCGAUUUAUAUAGUUGUGUGAUUCAUUAGUAUUUAAAUAAAUUUGUGAAGGGAAGGGAGUGUCAUAUUAAUUCACAUGGGGAAAUGAAAGCAGAUUUUAUCUCCCCCAUAAUUUGUCUCAAUUUAGAUGAUUCAUGAAGUAGAGUAAAAAAAAUUAGAGUAGUAAUAUAGUGUGGCAUUUCAUAUCCCAUAUGGUACCAUGGUGUCUUUGGGAAAAAAAUAUUAAUUUUGAAUUCAAUCAUGAAAAUAAUAAGAAAGUUACACAGUCCAGGAACACAACCAUAGAAUGUACAUUUGUGAGUAAGUUCAGUAACAUUAAACAUAAUAAUGUUAACAUUUUACAUGGAAUUUGAGUUACAAAAAAUCGUUGCUCAGGGUUGUACAAAACCAGAUAUAUCAGUUUUUACAAUGAAUGUAACAAAAGGAACUACAAUACAAGUCUUACUUUUUCAUAUUGAUGGAUAAAUUUGUGGGCAUAUUCAAAAUUUAAAUAGUAAUUAGUGAUACUUCCAAUAUAAAUGUUGGAAUUCUCUUCCACAAAACAAUUCAUGCUUAUAUCAGCAAGAGAUAUUUUCUUUUGUAAUGUAGUGAUAUUCUGACUUCUGCUAAAGAAGUUACACAUUCUGUCAAUUUCCUGAAGCUCUUCCAUCAUUCGUAGAGAUUCCACUACAGCGUGUCCCAAACAUUUGAAGUCUGUGGCCUACCUGAACAAAAAAUCCAAGUCCUCUGAACCAAUUUAUUUACUUCCCUUGCCAUCUUUCAUUAUCUACACGCAACAGAAUUAGUUACUUUGUCCCAUCAGAACUACUUAAAAUAAUACUGGCUUCAUGACUGCAACACAUUGUGAUUAAUUAUUCUUUUAGACAGUGAAUUCUUAAAAAAAAAUGGCAUUUUGCUAUUCCAACAUUAAUUAUUAUGCAAAAUAUUAUGACUGAGUCAUCAAUUAUAUUGUAAUGUUCCUCAAAAUUAAUAAUGGUUGACAGUGUAAGGAAAUAUGAGAUGCAGUUCAAAGAGAGGUGUAUACAUCAUAAACCUCUAUGGGUCACCAAUGGAACGUUCAUGAACCACAGAUUCGGAAACACUGUUAUAUUACGUGGUGAAAUCAAAUACGGGUUGGGGAGAAAAUUCCUACUUUCUGUAACCGACAUUAAAUACAGUAUUUACCACUGACAUGUGCAUAGACAUGAAAAAAUAAAUUACAGGCUGUGAGAAACCACAACUAUUUAACUGUGUCUUUCCUCACAUACUGGAUUUCCAUAGACUGAAAUUAGAUGUUGCCUUUACUACCUAAAUUAAAAAAAACUGGGGAAGAAUUUAUAGUGAUGUUCUGGCCAAUCAAAGACAAUCAGCAUGAAACUGAAGUAAAAUAUUUUAUUGUCAUUAUUAUCAUAUAAACUUGAUAAAUUGAAUACUCACCACAGAUUCUGUAGAUAUUUACAUAUAUC